UUUGUUUGUUUGAAUUGCUAACUUGUACAAUUUUUUUACAUGACAAAUUUUUGUCGAGAAAUUUAUGAAACACACAAUUUAAGUCCUUCUGUUCUAAUUUUUUUUUUUCAUACGCACGAGUUAAAUAUUAAAAUUUAAAUUUUUAUGAUGAAUAAAACUCUGAUUAUUUGUUUGAAAUAUACGAGUCUCCUACUAGCUACUCACACUCAGUAUGUGCAUUAAAUUUUGAAUUUUCAUAAGUUAGAGAUCAACUUUGGCCGCAUUAACUUGAGCCAAAAGUAACACUCUCUAAUAAGUACUAUUUUUGUAACAUUUUUACUCUUAAAAUAAAUCCAACAACCAGUCCAUUGUUUUUAUGUUAUUUAUGUUAUCCCCACACGCAAUUAAGGCUAUAAAUAUUGCAUAUUCUAUCUCACUAAGAAAUUCCAUGUAUAACAAAAAGUCUAUCUAUUGGUGUUGUGUGAAAGUUAGGUUUGGAUAGUUUGGUUAGCUUGUGGUAAUUGCUUACAUCUCUAAUCUUCAACCUUUUUAAGAUACAAAAACAACUAAGAAAGUUAGUGAGUAGUGACAAAGUGAACAAAGAUCAAAGAUUGUCGAAAUGAAGCAAAGAAGCGAAGAAGGAUCGAGGAAAGAGGUUGUUCGAAGGACAACACCACCACCACCUCCGCCACUUCCAAAAUUUCGAGUCAUCUCAAAGCCAAGAGCAGAAGAAAGUGUGACAAAGCGAGAAAUCGCAAAGUUUUGGAGGCAAAAGCGAAUUGUGGAGGAAGAUCAUCUCCUUGCUGCUAUCAAGGCUGCAGCAAGACUCCGUGCACGCAACCUCACGGAGCAAGAGUACCUGAGUUUUGAAUUGAGCUUGGAAAAUGAUCGUGAUGAAUAUGAGACCAAUAAAGAGAAGGUCAAUUGGGUUGUAGGGACAAAUUAUUGUGGCAAUAAAGUUGAUGAGGACAAGGAAGUGCGCGUGGGAAUAAAGGAUUGGUGGACUAAAAGCAAGUAUGCAUAUUUGAACCAACCAGCCUUAGCUUCCAUGGAACCUCCUAAGAGAAGGACCUCUACUUAUGUUCCCCAUAUUAUUUCUUACAAGCCCAAGGCUUUGUACCCUACAGCUAUUGGUGUCUUUUAAAGCCAUAGGAGACAUUCCAAUAUUGUUUCUCAAUUGGUCAAUUUCUGGAACUUCUUGUGGAGUAGUUCCCUUGUUCAUGUUUCAAUUGUUAUUCAAAAUCUUAUGUGCUUUAUUUGGGACAAGUAUUGUUAGGGCUUGGGCCUUUAGGCCAACCAUAAAUUGAAAAUUUCUCUUCGCACUA